GCAUCUUCAUUCGGUGGAACUACGGGAGACUGAGGGGUAGUACUCUGUAGACGAGAAAAUACUUUUGUCAAGGAGGUUCAAAACCAGACUUUUGAAGAUUCAAUAAUUUUUGUGGCCCAGCACAUUACUCUUCGCCUUCAUUCUUGAUUUCGAUCAUAAUAUUUUUUUUUCGACCUUGGGAUUAUGGCAAACUCAGGAGUACAGCUCCUUGGCUUUACCUUGGCUUUCCUUGGCUUCAUUGGAUUGAUAGCAUCCACAGCCAUGGCCGAGUGGAAAGCCUCUUCUUACGCUGGCGACAACAUCGUGACAGCGCAGGCCAUGUACGAAGGACUCUGGAUGUCGUGUGUUUCGCAGAGUACCGGGCAGAUACAGUGUAAACAGUACGAUUCUCUUCUCCAGUUACCCGUGGAAGUUCAGGUCACCAGAGGUCUCAUGAUCACGGCCAUCCUCCUGUCAUUCAUCGCCGCGCUGGUGGCCAUGGUGGGUAUGAACUGCACCACCUGUCUGGAGAAUGACAUGCAACAGAAGGCCAAAGUGGCCAUGGCUGGUGGGAUCCUCUUCAUCAUCGCAGGUGUUGCUGGGCUGAUAGCAAGCUCCUGGUAUGGGAACCGGAUAGCUGUUAAAUUCUACGACCCCUUCACUCCUACAAAUGGCAGGUAUGAGUUUGGGAAGGCAUUGUUUGUGGGCUGGGGUGCUGCUGCCCUCUCCAUUCUGGGAGGUGCCUUCCUGUGCUGCAACUGCAUGGGAUCCUCGUCAGGACAGGCAAGGAACUACCCAAAGAGCUCCAGCAGACCCGGAAAAGACUAUGUGUGAAAAUGCAGUGCGCACCAGUGAACAUGACCACUGUUCUGAGCCCAGCAGCCAGCUGCAGCCAGAGCUUGAAAAGGGUAUCUAGAUGCAGGGUGUCUGGUUUCUUGGUUUAUAUGGUAAUGGUUUGUUUGAAAUGGGUCAAAUAAUGCCCAUACGCUUGUCUUUUGACAAAAGGGUUGUAAAUAAUGUUAUGGGAAGUAUUGCAUUGUACCAAUAAUGCCAUGAAACUAUUUGUUAUGUGUCCUGUGAAACCAUUUGUUAUAAGCUGGCUGAAAUGUGUAUGUACCCUUAUGACAAUGGCUGUGAUGCCAUUGACAUUAUUAAGGUUUUAUGAAUGCAAUGUAAGUGCUUCAAGAAAACUAUCAUUGUUUGUUUUUGAUGGCUAGUGUAUCAUUUUACAUUUACAUUUACAUUUUAGUCAUUUGGCAGACACUUUUAAUCCAAAGCGAUUUACAAGUGCAUAUCCUGUCCUAUCCUGUUAAACAUUCCAUUCACCUAUACUUUCAGAAUAAUUCAUGUAUUUUUUGUAAAUAUAGGGUCAAGCCUUUCUCAUUAGGUUAUUCCCCUGGAUUCCCUUGGAGUAACAGUGCUGUUCAAAAAAUAUCUGUAAUUGUGUACACCAACAAAAGCAUAAUCUGCUGCCAUAUGUUCUACUUUUUUCAUUUCCAUUAAUAACAGUUUUUACCAUAGGACCCAGUAUUGUUAUAAACAAAUUUAAUUCAUAUAAUUUGUCUAUUGGUCAAGUUCAUUUCAAAGGGAUUUUUGAGCUUUGAAACUGAGGAUCAAGAUACUACACAAGAAGGGUGGCAUUAAUUCUGACUGAUCCUCAGAGGGUUGUUAUUGCAUUGAAAAUGUUUAUGUGUAUAUUUUUGAAGUUUGCAGUAUUGUAUGAUAUCAUUUGUUUUACAAUCUAACUUGUGUGUCAGUACUUGAAUCACAAUGAACCCCCUUCAUGUCUUCUGUUGAAACCAAAAUGUAAUUGUUUUCUGUGUGCAUUGUGAGAUGGGGUCAGAUUUGAGACUUUUUUAUUUUGUUACAUAAACUAGAAAUGAUUUUUGUACAUUCUGAAAAAGAAAAGAACAUUUGUAAUAAAAACAAUUGUAAAAAAUAGAAA